AUGGCUCACCAAAGGGGCCUGGUAAAGAUGUUGCUUUUGACACCAAAGGCGCGGAGGGACGGGAUAGGACCACUUCUUGGUAUUAUAAAACUGGCCAUGCUCGCUCUGUCUUGCGUCUUUGAUAUUCCUCCCGACUGGGAUUGCUUGCUCUCACCUGAAAUUCGCUCUCACUCAAUUCUCCGCAAUCUUGUUGCCAGCGCCUUCUUUCACGGUAAUAAAUCCAUUCUCGAAAAGGCAACCGUGGAUACGAUUCUGAAUUUGUAUGAGGCGGUCUCCCAAUUGAGUCAAGUCGAUGAAGUCGAUGCCCCUUAUAUCGGCGAAGUGAUCCGGCAAUUGGUAUCCCAGGCAAAGAAAGAUGGCUUCUUGAAUCCCAUUCCAAGAAAACCAGCGCCUUUGAGUACUGCGGAUAGAGUCAAUAUCUGCUGUCAGCUCUGUUCAUUCAUAUUUUGGAAGCUACUCGAAGGCCGCGCCCUGCUUGAAGCUGGCAGUCCUGCAACGAAUGUGGAAGAGACAAAGUUAUUACUGGAAGUUUUGACGGAAGUAGAGCCUCGAUUUUGGAUUCAAAAUGCCCCAGAAACCUUGAUAUGGAUUGUAUUCACAGGCAUCGCUGUAUCUGUUGAUGAGAAGGAUCGAGGAAAGUUUUUUGAAAUCGGCGGCACUUCCCUAGCAGCCAUUGAUUCUGACAGCCUAGCUUUGGCCAGACAAGGCUGGAGGUACUUUGUUCUCUUAAGGAGGCUAGCUGGUCUUUCGUCGCCUUCUGAGAUGCCCAUUUAUUUGUCAUAUAAGGAGGCUACCGGGCCUCUCAUCGCCUUCUGA